AUGGACUCAAGCACACAGAAAGCGAACUUUUACCAGAAUUCCAAUGACUCGCGGUUUUCGCAGGUUAGCAAUGGCGAAGUGCAAGCCCAGAACCAAGUGGCUGCUGUCGACUUCAACAAUCUAAGGAAACUUUCUACCAGCAACUCUCAUAGUUCCGAGGGCAGUGCGCGGACGGCAAAGACAAAGCCUUUGUCUAAACUAUUCACGAGGACAAAGCCAUCGGCCAAACCCAGCCAGGAUCUCACUUUGAACGCUGAUGAGACAGAGACGAGUGGAUACUCCACGGAUUCCAAGUUUGUCCAGGAACCCGAGGAGCUAUCAAAGAGGAAAAAAUUGCUAAAGUUGUCCAAUAAGCUCACCACCUCUGCUAAGCUGAGCUUGGAAUUGGCUCCAUCUGGCAAUGCAGAGUUUGGUACAGCAAACUCAUCUUUGGCUAAACCAAAGAAGAACAGCCGAGCAAUGUCGGUGAGCUCUCCCGUCUCGACCUUCCACAACUUUUUCCACAAACCGCUAACAAGCUCGCAACAAGUUCGCGUUGAAGAAAAGGGACGCAAGGACUCACUGCAAACAUCCCCUUCCAAAGCCACUAUUGUGCUCUCUUCCAGCAACUCAAAUUCCAUCAUUGUUGACUCGAGGGUCGCGAGUUACCUCAAGUUUACUCAUGCCGGGCACGCUAACGAUGAUGCCGAUAAUGCGUUUGACCACAGCGCGCUCUUGGAACUUCAAAGGAAAAUGUUCACCCCUGCAGACCUGUACAUCCAAAACAAGAUUAGCAAACACCACCACAGUGAGGUCGGCUUGGGAAUAAGCGGGUCUCUUGAUCGGGAAAGUGUUAAUUUAGAUGCCCGGUUUGAUGAGUUUCACCAAAAGCUUGCUGAAAUUUUGAAAUGUGUUUUUGUUCCAUCUCUCCAAAAGUCAAGAAAGGAUUGUCUGCCGACGUUGGUGCUUGGGGGAACGAUAGAUCACGUGGGAAACUCCAUCAAAAGCAACUUCAUCGAAGUGGUAACCAAACUGACCAGGGCUCAAGCGGGCGAAAAACAUCAUCGCUCACGAAAAUCAAGUAAAACUGCUCCAAAGGGCUAUCCUCAUACACCUCAGGAAUCCAAGUUUGAAGACUCUCAAGAAAUUGAUGCCUAUCUUUUUCGCUCUUUUGUGCAGGACUUGAGCUUGACGUUUAUGAAAUUCUUGCUCGCUAUGAAAACAGACAUCGAGCAUUUUUUGGUCUCAGAGGAUAAGCCACGCACGAGCACCAGUACACGAGCUGUCAAAGACCUGGAUUGGCAACAGCAGUGGAAGCUUAUUUUGCGUUGCUGGUCUUUUUUCAAUUUGAAGGUCAGAUUUUUGGUGUCGGUAAUUUUCGAGCCGCUAAAGGUGUACCUCGUUCAAGAGAUACACAGCAUCAUUGAUGUUGAAGUGCUUGACGUGGAGCUGCUUUUGAUACGAGCAUUUGACAGAAGCAUUGUCCGCCCCUUCUUACUAACAAGGGUGGCCACUCCGAUAUCAUUUCCUAGCGACGAUGCGCAGCGAUAUAAAAUUGAUCUCAGUGAGGAUGAGGAAAAGUAUAUUGGCCUGCACGGUCACGUGCGUGAGGAGUUACUACGCUGCUUUGGUACAAUUCAAAGCAAAAGCGACCCAGCAGCUCCAAAAUCAGACGGUGACUAUGAUUAUUCCAACCAUGUCUUGACUUUAUGCAUUGAGAUGAUUCUUAAGCUUUCAGAUUCAUCUACCGUCGUCUGA